AACCGCCGAACAGGGAGCUCUCGAAACGGAACAACGUCUCAGUGUAACCACGAAUUAAAAUAAAAGGCGUAAUUUUGGGUGAAAUAUCGGACUCGGAGAAAAUUUUAGAAAAUGAAAAAGAUAUUUAUAGCCAUCUGGCGGCUACACCCACCUUCAAAUGCUGGGAAAGUCACCGCAACAACAAUCCAGCAAAACGUUCCAAAUGGCCAUUUUGUAGACAAUAAUGUGGAUACGCGAGGCACAAUUGCCGUUUUGCAUUCGAACGUAUAAUUUUAUUGGGUAGCAUUAUCAAACUGAAGUUGUACUGGAUUAUGCCUUGCUACGCAAAACACAGGGUAGUAAAUUACCCUACGUAACACGGUCUCGUAGUGAAAAGAAACUCAUUAUCUAUAAUAUAAUCCCAAUAUGAAAAAAUCGAAAACUUUGCAUGGUGAUAGAGCUUAUUUCCUGUUUCCUCGACUCCACGUCUAUCCACCGGUGACUAGCAACCUUUUGGUGAAUUAAUAGAAAGAGCUUUCGUGUUAUUUAUAUUCAGCGCUCCGUUACAAUUAGGAUUCGUUUUCGUGUGCGAUGUUGAAUAAAUAUACGGCAUAAUCGUGUUGAGGGGCUCAAAGCAUCUAAAAGGGGGAUGUCGAUAAUCGAGACAGUACCAGUCAGUCAGAAUUGAACUAUUAUACUAAUAAUAAAAUGUUGAUGUAGCGGGAUUCUGUAUCAUACCACAAGGCUUUACAACUUUAAUAUAUACAUGGUUAUUUGAUCGUGCCGGUAAUCAAGCUUAUAAGAAUUGUUACUCUGAAUUUACAGUACUGAAAUAUAUCGGAACUACGCUAUGCGUGAAAACUUAGCCUUUGGCUGCCACUUUGUGCACACGACACGCAACAACCCGAUAGAGUCUGGAUAGACUAACACGCGUUAUGUUCACCACGUACCAACGAACGGUUUGAUUAAGGAAAGUAUUCAACAAUCAGCAGUCGGCUGUAUUGAAAGUCGCUGACAAGCAACAGUGGGUCGCGCUUUGUUUUCAAUGGGUUUUGAAUGCCCGUCCAGCUAUCGUAACAAUGAGAUCUUUAGUUAACAGGCUAGCAAGUCGCUGUAUUACUCAAAUACAUAUUAGGUCUACAGCGAAGAUGUCACACGCUUGGGGAUAUGCUUCUUCACAACUGCCUCCAGAGAAAUGGCAUGAACAGUAUCCAAUUGCGAAUGGGAAGAAUCAAUCGCCUAUAGAUCUUGUCUGCUCCGCAGCAACGGUGAAAGAUUUUCCAGAUUUCAAUCUUUCUUACAAACCUUCUGAUUUGAAAAAUGUCGUAAACAAUGGGCAUUCUGUGACAUUCUUCGCCAGUGGCGGAGCUUCAGUUCUAUCAGGCGGACCACUGAGCAGCCAAUAUACACUUGAACAGUUUCAUUUCCACUGGGGGGAAGAUUCUAGACGAGGAUCAGAGCAUUUACUGGACGGAAAGAGUUUUGCAGCUGAAGUUCAUCUUGUCCAUUGGAACUCCGGGAAAUACGAAUCUUUCGUGGAAUCGCUCAAUCAUCCUGACGGUCUGUGCGUAUUGGGAGCAUUUUUACAGAAAUCCGAAGCGGAAAACGCAAACUACAAACAGUUGUUCUCAGAAAUCAAAGAAGUUCCUUUACAGGAUGACAAACGCGAUGUGGAGCGAAAAUUUGAUCCACGAAUUCUGUUGCCUGAAAAUAUCAAGAAUUAUUUUCAUUAUUCCGGCUCGCUAACAACACCCCCUCUUAAUGAAUGUGUCCAAUGGGUUGUGUUCAAGACUCCAGUUGAUUUAUCGGAGGAACAGUUGCAAGCUUUCCGCGAUCUCCAUAUAGGAAAGGAAAAAGAUAACCCAUGUCUCUGUGACAACUACAGACCUCCUCAAGAUGUUGGUACACGUGAAGUCUUUUCAUGCUAGUUGACUUCGAUACAACAUAGUUUCAAAGCAACUUUCAAUAUGUUAGCAAUUAUAUUCGAAUUGUGCGUGUAUGUUUCUUUAUUGUGUUGGUGAAUGCUAACAGCUUGCUUUUGUUGUAAUUUCAAAUUAUGUUAAUUCUUCCCACUGCAAAAUUUUAUGUUUUCAAUGUAGUAUGUAAGAGUAAUUCACAAAAUAUAAUCCGGCAUUCGCUAUUAAAAGAUAUAAAGUUAUAUGUCUUUUAUAUCGGA